CCUGCGUGUGUCCUGGGUGCAUCGCUGCGUGUCCCAUGUGCACCCCGUGUGCAUCCUGUGUGUGUCCUGGGUGCACCCUCUGUGCAUCCCAUGUGCACCCUGGGUGCACCCUGGGUGCAUCCCGUGGGCGUCACUGCGCAUCCUGUGUGCACCCCGUGUGCAUCCCGCGUGCGUCCUGGGUGCAUCGUUGCGUGUCCUGUGUGCGCCCCGGGUGCAUCCCGGAUGCAUCACUGCACGUCCCGGGUGCACCCUGUGUGCAUCCCGCGUGUAUCCUGUGUGCACCCUGGGUGCAUCCCAUGUGCAUCCCGUGGGCGUCACUGCGCAUCCUGUGUGCGCCCCGUGUGCAUUGCUGCAUGUCCUGGGUGCACCCCGUGUGCAUCCCGCGUGCGUCCUGGGUGCAUCGUUGCGUGUCCUGUGUGCGCCCCGGGUGCAUCCCGGAUGCAUCACUGCACGUCCCGGGUGCACCCUGUGUGCAUCCCGCGUGUAUCCUGUGUGCACCCUGGGUGCAUCCCAUGUGCAUCCCGUGGGCGUCACUGCGCAUCCUGUGUGCACCCCGUGUGCAUCCCGCGUGCGUCCUGGGUGCAUCGUUGCGUGUCCUGUGUGCGCCCCGGGUGCAUCCCGGAUGCAUCACUGCACGUCCCGGGUGCACCCUGUGUGCAUCCCGCGUGUAUCCUGUGUGCACCCUGGGUGCAUCCCAUGUGCAUCCCGUGGGCGUCACUGCGCAUCCUGUGUGCGCCCCGUGUGCAUUGCUGCAUGUCCUGGGUGCACCCCGUGUGCAUCCCGCGUGCGUCCUGGGUGCAUCGUUGCGUGUCCUGUGUGCGCCCCGGGUGCAUCCCGGAUGCAUCACUGCACGUCCCGGGUGCACCCUGUGUGCAUCCCGCGUGUAUCCUGUGUGCACCCUGGGUGCAUCCCAUGUGCAUCCCGUGGGCGUCACUGCGCAUCCUGUGUGCACCCCGUGUGCAUCCCGCGUGCGUCCUGGGUGCAUCGUUGCGUGUCCUGUGUGCGCCCCGGGUGCAUCCCGGAUGCAUCACUGCACGUCCCGGGUGCACCCUGUGUGCAUCCCGCGUGUAUCCUGUGUGCACCCUGGGUGCAUCCCAUGUGCAUCCCGUGGGCGUCACUGCGCAUCCUGUGUGCGCCCCGUGUGCAUUGCUGCAUGUCCUGGGUGCACCCCGUGUGCAUCCCGCGUGCGUCCUGGGUGCAUCGUUGCGUGUCCUGUGUGCGCCCCGGGUGCAUCCCGGAUGCAUCACUGCACGUCCCGGGUGCACCCUGUGUGCAUCCCGCGUGUAUCCUGUGUGCACCCUGGGUGCAUCCCAUGUGCAUCCCGUGGGCGUCACUGCGCAUCCUGUGUGCACCCCGUGUGCAUCCCGCGUGCGUCCUGGGUGCAUCGUUGCGUGUCCUGUGUGCGCCCCGGGUGCAUCCCGGAUGCAUCACUGCACGUCCCGGGUGCACCCUGUGUGCAUCCCGCGUGUAUCCUGUGUGCACCCUGGGUGCAUCCCAUGUGCAUCCCGUGGGCGUCACUGCGCAUCCUGUGUGCGCCCCGUGUGCAUUGCUGCAUGUCCUGGGUGCACCCCGUGUGCAUCCCGCGUGCGUCCUGGGUGCAUCGUUGCGUGUCCUGUGUGCGCCCCGGGUGCAUCCCGGAUGCAUCACUGCACGUCCCGGGUGCACCCUGUGUGCAUCCCGCGUGUAUCCUGUGUGCACCCUGGGUGCAUCCCAUGUGCAUCCCGUGGGCGUCACUGCGCAUCCUGUGUGCACCCCGUGUGCAUCCCGCGUGCGUCCUGGGUGCAUCGUUGCGUGUCCUGUGUGCGCCCCGGGUGCAUCCCGGAUGCAUCACUGCACGUCCCGGGUGCACCCUGUGUGCAUCCCGCGUGUAUCCUGUGUGCACCCUGGGUGCAUCCCAUGUGCAUCCCGUGGGCGUCACUGCGCAUCCUGUGUGCGCCCCGUGUGCAUUGCUGCAUGUCCUGGGUGCACCCCGUGUGCAUCCCGCGUGCGUCCUGGGUGCAUCGUUGCGUGUCCUGUGUGCGCCCCGGGUGCAUCCCGGAUGCAUCACUGCACGUCCCGGGUGCACCU